GCCAUUCGCCUUAGCCGCCAUGAAACGGGACAACUCGGGAAACAACCAAGAUGGUCCUCCGUCAAAAUUCCAACGUUCUUCCGUUGAUUUUAACAAAUGUUUCCAUCAGAUUUCUUAUUCCUGGGAGGGCUGCAGGGAUAAUGAUUGGGAAGGGUGGGGAAAAUAUCAAAAAAAUUCGAUCACAGUAUAACGUCAAGCUGAAUAUUCCGACAGCAGAGGCCCUGAACGGAUAAUGACUAUCGAAGGUGACCUGCAGGCUAUCUGCAGCAUCAUGCGCGAUGUUUGUCCGAAACUGAAGGAUAUAAUGAAUGCCAAACUUUCCGACCCUAAACGCAUAAUGGGUGCCCAAGGAUCUCGACGCCGCCCGAGACGAAGUGAAGAUCCAGAACGAGAUGAUGAGGAAGACGAAAACAUGAUUGACUUCAGAAUAUUAGUUCACGAAAGUCAAGCUGGGUCUGUAAUCGGUCGAGGCGGUGAACGCAUUAAGGACCUUCGUGAUAAAUCAAAAUGCGUGUUAUCAAGGUGUACCAGAUGUUGGCUCCGUAUCUACUGACCGAGUUGUACAGAUGGUUGCUGACCCAGACAAUGUCGGCCAAUGUUUGAGAGCUGUGAUAGAAGCAGUAGAGUCUGCUCCUCCUCGUGGUCGCCGUGAGGAUUAUGACGCUGCCAACUUCAGUGAGGGUGACGCUCUCAACUAUGGCGGUUGGUUGUCUCGAGAAGCUGCAGCAGCACUCGCUCAAGGGAUGCCUCUCCGUGGACCUGGGUGCAUGCCGCCGAUGGGUUAUAACAUGGGAGGUCCGUACAUGAUGGGUGGGGAGACAUGGGCCGAUGGGUGGCGGUAUGGGCCCUAUGGGAGGAGGGAUGGGACCAGGUGGAGGAAUGGGUCCUAUGGGCGGCGGACCGGUUCCCGGAGGUCGUGGUAGAGGACCUCGCUCCGGUGGCGGAAUGAUGAGUGGAAGCGCGCCUCUCGCUCAAGGCCAGCGAGGAAUGAUGGGCUCUUCAGGCCCAGCACCUGUCCCCCCUCCUGCCGGUCGUAACAACUCUAUGGGUCCUCCAGGUGGUUAUAGUAGUUCCGCAGACGGAGGCUACGGUGGUCAAGGUGGAUAUGACGGGUCAGGAGGAUUCGACAACGGAGUAUACGGAGGCAUCGACCAAACUGGACAGGGAGGAUUCAGCGGCCCUGGAUACGGUGGAUCAGGCAACAUGGCUUCUGGAGGUUACGGUGGGUCUGGGUAUGGUGGAAGCCAGCGUGGAUCGGCUGACAUGGUAGGUGGUCAAAGUGCUUCCCGUGCGGCACCUAUGGUUGGUAUGGAAGUAUUGGAUCUGGAGAGCAUGUUGGAGGCAAAGCCAGCCAGUGGUAUGGCGGAUGGUCUUAAACAUUUACUUGCAUUUAAUUUCAGUAAAAUAUACCUGUUAAUAAAUCUCUACAGGUUAAAUGUACAUUAUUCUUUCUAA